UUUCGCAUCUUGUCACUUGAGCCUUCGCUUGUGAUCUUGUGUGACAUUUGGCUUUGUAAUUUAAAUGGCGACAAGUGACAAGUGUGGAAUAUUAAAAGUGACAGGAAGAAAGUGAUUAUUGAAUAUCUUGAAUAUUAAUCAAGAACUGCGCAGCUUUUUCGGAUAGGUGUUCAGUGUUUUUAUGUGGUUAACAUAAUCCCAAAAGUUGAAGGAGAGAAGAAUGGCACUCACGAAUAUUUUGUUAUUGAGCCAAAUUGCGGGAUAUGUUGUGGCUCUUAUAUUGUCUUUGUGCAUUAUUGUGCCCAUGAGUUUGCACCAGAAUGAGUUUCGAGGUCACUGCUUAUUAUUUUCAACCGGAGUAUGGCAAGAAUCCGAUGGCCAAUUCGUUGCCCAAUGGGCUUCGCAAAUUUAUUGCAACUACACCGUCUUCGUCGGCCUCGUACUCUUCCUGGCCUCAGCAAUUCAAAUUUAUCGGCUCUCGAUGUAUAUGAAAAGGGGGGAGGACAGUUCCUUCCUCUCAGCUUUUGUUGACGUCGUCUCGUCAAUUUUUCUCACAGCGAUUGCUCUCAUCGCAGCAGUUUUAAUUACCCUCGGGUUUAUGACCUGGUGCCAGUGCAUGACGAAGAGAUUUCCCUCCUGUGAACUGGCAGCUGGAAACGAUAUUGACAGAGCCGACGGCAUUGAUACUUCCGGGUUUCAUAUAGAAUUGGGAGCAGCACAAUUUGGAGCUUGGAGCAGUCUCUCAAUCUGGGUUGGACUCUCGGUCUUUGCAGUUUUGAAACUUCUCCGCUAUCAUCAACUGGAGAACAUGAAAGUCUCCAUGUUCAGGGAAAGACAGAAGUUAAUUGAAGCGGCCGGAACUAGCAACGAGACGAGUUAAUUCUCUUGCAAUUUUCUCAA